AGUCGAGAUGUGAUGUUUCAACUCCAAAGUUUCUAAUGACCUAACCUUGAAUAACUUUAUAGGACAUCGAGGUAGGCACUACCUAAGGGUACUCUAAAGGUACUGGGUAGGUACAUACCAAUACAUGUAUGUAGGUAUGCUUAGUUGAUGUAGUCAGCCACUGGCAACAUAGAUCUACCAUUGUAUGUCUCAUCUCAACACAUAACCCGGAAAUUGUAUCGAAGCUAUCAUGUACAUCAAAUUGAUACUACAUACUAACUACUAGUAAUACGUAUAUUAAAAUAGCCCAUUCCGUACCUGAUAAGCACUUCUCUAUCCUUAGCUCCGACAAGACUUGGUUACGGAAUUGGAACUAGCCAUCAUAACAUCUUCGAGGGCCUAGGCAUAUCAACAUGCAAAUCGAGCUUCUUCGGGCGUUCUUCGUCCAGCUAGGCCUACAAGAUGAACAAGGCCAGGAACAUCUACCCACCUAUUCACCAUUGGCAACAAGUCCAACUAGUCUAGUCUACGACUCAGAGAACGCUGAAAGCGCUGGUGAAGGAUCCGGUCUUGAUGAUCACCAAAAUGAUUGCCACCUAUCCCCAACUUCAUCCCGUCUCCCUCAAUUCCUUGCCCACUUCACAUUGGGGUUUGCUGAUGGACUCACGGUACCGUUCGCUUUAACGGCAGGAUUGUCAUCACUGGGAGAAACCAGAACAGUUAUAUAUGCCGGCACGGCCGAGAUCUGUGCAGGAUGUAUCAGCAUGGGCAUUAGCGGAUAUCUUGCAGUUAAAGGCGAAAGAGAAAUAGCCGCAGGACCAGGAACCGGCGACUGCGAAAAGAGGGAGAAACGAGAGACUGUGGAACAAGACUAUAUCCAAAAGUAUCUCAGUCCGCUAGAGCUUCCGCCAGAUCUUUACCAGAGUAUCAUCGCUCAUAUUGACAAUCACCCCAUCGCAGCACAGCGGCUAUUAUCAAUAAGCGAUCGAUCGAUAAACGGAGAAAAUGGAUUCCCUGCCGCUGUUGUUGGGCUGUUCAUAUCUUUCGGGUACCUGGUUGGAGGCUUACUGCCAUUGUGCCCAUAUUUCUUCGUCGACCAAAUAGAUAGUGCACUGCGAUGGAGCUUCGUCGUCUGCAUAGUGUCACUCUUCAUAUUUGGGUUUGCCAAAGACUACCUGCUUCGCUAUAGAUUCGUCGAAGAUGGUUGUUCGCAAGACGGAAAUACGAGAACAGAGACAGCUACGCGAGACAAGAUUAAAGGUGGCUGUUGGGAAGGCAUGCGGAUGGUUAUCAUGGGAGGUAUUGCUGCCGUUGCUGCUGUUUUAUGUGUUAGGCUCUUCGAGGAGGUUGUGUAGUAAGUUAUUAUUGUAGCCUUAUUGCAGCAUGAAUACCCUACGCUUUUGACCUAACCUAAAGCAUUCCUCUCUCAAAGAAGCCCCUGAAUCCUGAUGCAUGGUGAGCUCGAAGGUAAUAAGGUGUCUCUAAGGG